AGGAAACGAGUGUCUAGGAGGGCAGCCCCUCCUCCUCUCGUGGGCGGUGUUCCCAGCGUCCAAUGGCGAGGCAGAGAGCAUUUUAGGAAGUGCUGGAGUGUCCGCGGCAAGACCAGGGAGCCGCUGCCGGAAACUCUGCGGGAGAGACUGCAGGGGCGGUCGCACAGGGGUGGCCUUCGAUGGGCGGACAGGUGAGCACUUGCAGCAGCUUCCAGAGCCUGCCAUGCAGCACAAAUGCAGACUGGAUGUCGGCGCUGUGCCCCCUGCUCUGGGAUGUGCCGCUCCACCACCUCUCUAUCCCAGGGAGCCACGACACCAUGACCUACUGCUUGAACAAGAAAUCGCCCAUCUCCCAGACCCAGUCCCGGCUGCUGCGGCUUCUGGGCAAGGUGCUGCCGUGCGUCACCCGCCCCGUGGUGCUCAGGUGGUCCACCACCCAGGUGCUGGGUGUCACGGAGCAGCUGGACGCAGGGGUGCGCUACUUGGACCUGCGGGUCGCACACGUGCUCGACGGCUCUGAGAAGAAUCUGCACUUUGUGCACAUGGUGUAUACAACCGCGCUGGUGGAGGACACGCUCACGGAGAUCUCCGAGUGGCUGGAGAAUCACCCCCGGGAGGCUGUCAUCCUGGCGUGCAGGGACUUCGAGGGCAUGACGCAGGACCUGCAUGAGUACCUGGUUGCCUGCAUCAGGAACAUCUUUGGGGACAUGCUGUGUCCCCGAGGGGAGGUGCCGACACUGAACCAGCUGUGGUCGCGGGGUCAGCAGGUCAUUCUGUCCUAUGAGGAGGAAAGCGUUGUGAGCCGGCACGGGGAGCUGUGGCCUGGGAUCCCCUACUGGUGGGGGGACCAGGUGAAACCCCAGGAACUCAUCCGCUACCUGGAGCGCAUGAAGAGCUGCGGACGCCCAGGCGGGCUGUUUGUGGCGGGCAUCAACCUGACGGAGAACGUGGCGUAUGUCCUCGGGCACCCAUCCGAGUCCCUCAGGAAGAUGACGCUCCGCAACCUGCCAUACCUGAGCGCGUGGGUCCGGGAGCAGUGCCCCGGGCCGGGCGCGCGCUGCACCAACAUCAUCGCGGGUGACUUCAUCGGUGCAGACACGUUUGUGGACGACGUCAUAAGACUCAACGAGAAGCUGCUGCGAUGCUGACGUGUCCCUUCUGCCGCUCACGUGGAGUGCAGGCGGGAAGAGCGGGCGCGGGGUGGGGUCCCUGCCUACCCUGACGUUAGGGCGUCCCCGUUGGUGGCAGUUCUUCGGCGUUCUUGGGGUGGAUUCACAGAACACGUCAAGGAUCAGUGGUGGCUUGUGCUUGCAUCCUGAAGGGAAGAACGACCUGGAACCCGGGGUCUGCCCCUCCAGGUUCAGAGCCCCGGCUGUGCUGUGGUUGCUGUGUGGUCUUGAGAGGGCAGCAGGAUGAUGUCCUGACGGCUUCCUGGAGCCACGUGAAGCCCCAUCCUAUCACGUAUGUUGGGGCACACCGGAAUCCCACUGAAAAAACCACAAAAACGUGGAAAACCUACUUCUAAUUCUGAUGACAUCACGGCCUGUGUGUUUCCCCCGAGGACCGUGGGCCCCUUGGGGCUGGUUUCACUUUGGUUCUUCUGAUGGUAACGUAAGGACCGUUAGGUUUGAUGGUGAGUGGCAUUGUGUACGCACUCUCUCCACUUCCCAGGGGCCUCCCGAAGCGCUCUCUGCGUGGUGGAGGUGUGGGGACACGGGUGUGACGGGCACCUCCAUGCCCAUGCUGGGGGCUGUCGUGGCGUCCUCGUCCUCAUGACCAUCCCCUGGAGUGGCAAGUCUGUGCUCCUCCGACCCCCUCGCUUGCGGUCCCCAGACCCCCUUCCUCUGCCAGACACGUCAGCCCCGCUGGGAGGCUGCCCUCGGGCGUCCCCUGAAAUGAAGCUGACUGGUCCUGUCUCUGGAUUUGGCCACCUGUUACUGUUCCGUUCUCCCAAGGCCACACUGGGCAUUUGUUAGUUUUCCCAUAUCCCUGUUCCCUGGUUUCUUAGGGUCUGUCUUUGUCUGUUUGCCACCCAUUUCUCACAACGCCAAAGACGUGAACUGUAUUUUCUUAUUUUCUGUGUCCUGACGCUCUGGCGUUUGGGGGCCUUGCAGACGGCGGUGAGACGGCCCCUCUCAGGGCUAGCUGAUUCCCACAGACAGAAACGACGUCCUUGGGAGCACACAUCUUCUGUGGAAGCGAACCACCCCGUCUUCCAGUGCUCACGCGGCACACCGAUAUGGGUGUGCUCCGGAGCUUACAGCUGAACCGAUUCGAGCUCCUUGGACACAGGGCGGGUUUGGUUUCAGCAAAAUCGCAAUAAAGCGAGUCAAAUGAAUUUUUUGAUUUCCCAGUGCACAGGGAACGUUACGUUUACGCUAUUGUCUGUUAACUGUGCAAUUGUAUGAUAACUAAAAAAACCGUGUACGUGCCUUGAUUAAAACAU